AUGCCACCUACUAAAACAGCAAAGAAGAACUCAAAUCCUGAGAAGGACUCUGCAACUACAAAAGCUAGAGCUAAAGCUUCAACGACUAAGGAGUUAAUUAUCCGCCCAACCUCUUCACAAACACUCAAAAAUCUUAGAAAUUUUGCUAGUGUAUUCAUUACAAAGACAACAUUAGAAAACUUGGAGCUGACAAAGGGGACAUUUGUGAAGUUGAGAAUUGGAUUGAAAGAGUUGGUGCUAUUAGUGGAUGUUUGUGGUAGUGACGAUGAUGAUGAUGAUGCCAUUUUCAUAAAUAGGGCGUAUCUAGAUUUAUAUGGUAUACUACUAGGCGAACGUGCAACCAUAAAUAAAUUUAAUGGGCAACUUGAAUAUGCUAAAAAUAUGGUGAUUGAAAAGGAGAAAGAAUCGGAACUUACUGUAGAAGAUUUAAUCAACGUUGGAAUUGUGUAUCCAAAAUUGAAUACCGGAAAAUGGUUUGUCAAAUCAAUCAAUGAAGAACUAGAAACAGCAAUGAAUAAUUUAACAUUGAAUGCUACGCACAACAGUGUCGAUAUCAACAACAUUUCUGGAUACCUGGUACACCCUAAAAAUACCAACAUUCAGUUCAUAUCAGUCGAUAAAAUCCCACAAAUAUACAGGAAAAAUAAAUUCAGUGAUGUUGGCGGUUUAGACAAGACCAUCGAGUCUUUAGUUAAGUCAGUUAAAAUUCCACUUCUAAAUGGAGAAAUGUUCAGAUCUUUUGGGAUUGAACCGCCAAGAGGAGUGCUACUAUAUGGUAAUUCUGGUGUUGGUAAAACCAUGCUUUUGAAAAGUUUAGCUUGUGAGUUUAGGGAAUGUCAUAUUAUUAAGAUUGAUGGCUCGUCCAUUAUAUCUAAAUAUUUAGGAGAUAGUGAAGAAAAACUACGUUUAAAUUUCAAAGAAGCACUAAAGUAUCAGCCUUCCAUUAUACUCAUUGACGAGAUUGAAAAUUUACUUCCAAAUAGAAAGAACAGGGAAGAAGUAAGUGAUGUUGAUGGAAGAAUUAUCAAUACUUUCAAUAGUAUGAUGGAAGAGCUGAGUGGUAAUAGUAGGGUCAUUGUCAUUGGAGCCUGUAAUGACUUAACCAGUGUUGAUUUGAGUUUACGUAGACCCGGAAGAUUAGAUGUUGAAAUCGAGGUUGGAAUUCCUGAUAUUGAAGGAAGGUUUGAUAUUUUGAGGAAGCAGAUUAACAAAAUUGAGCCUCACUUGAACAAUGUCAGUGAUGAAGAAAUCAAAAUUAUUGCAGACAAGACGCACGGUUAUGUUGGUAGUGAUCUGUUGACCUUAGUAAGAGAAAGUGUAAUGAAAGCUAUAACGAGACAUCUUGAGGGUGAGAACUCUGUCUGUUUGAAAUUUAACGAUUUUAUUGUUUCAAUGAAAGAUAUUAGACCAAGUGCAAUGAAGGAAAUCCUCCUUGAGAUGCCAAAGGUGAAAUGGUCAGACAUUGGAGGUCAGACCGAGCUCAAGCAGAAAAUUCAUGAGAUGGUUGAACUACCAUUGAAGGAGGUCGAUAAAUUCAAGAGGUUUGGUAUCAAAGCUCCUAAAGGUUUGUUGCUCUACGGACCACCCGGUUGUUCCAAAACGAUGACAGCCAAGGCAUUAGCUACUGAGUCGGGACUUAAUUUCUUAGCCAUCAAAGGUCCUGAGAUCUUUGACAAGUAUGUUGGCGAAUCGGAGCGGAAGAUCAGGGACAUUUUUAACAAGGCAAGAGCUUCUGCGCCUUCAAUCAUUUUCAUUGAUGAGAUUGACGCUAUAGCGGUUGAUAGAGAAGGUGGUGAAUCAACAAAUGUUUCUAAACAAGUGUUAAACACCAUGUUGAAUGAACUCGAUGGUGUGGAGGAACUAAAUGGUGUUAUCUUGGUCGGUGCUACGAAUAGGCCAUCCUCCAUUGACUCUGCACUUUUACGUCCGGGCCGUCUUGACCGCCAUGUCUAUGUUGGGCCUCCUGAUGCAGAAGGCAGAAAAGCGAUUUUCAGUAAUGCAUCGUCCAGUUUUGGCAUUGACGAGGGUUCAUUCAAUGCGCUAAUUGACUGGAUAGUAAAUGAAACUGAAGGAUGUAGUGGAGCCGAAUGUGUUCUUCUUUGUCGAGAGGCUGGUGUCAGGGCAGUUUCCAGAGGCGCUGAUCAUGUUACCAGGGAAGACUUUGAGAGCGCCAUUUCUCACCUUGUGAGAAACAUCACUCAGGAAAUGUUGGACUACUAUCAAGAGUUUGCCUGUAGGGCUUAA